GACUUGGAAAAAAAUUCGACGUAGAGAAAUAAUGAAAUGAAUGCAAUGCUCGACUUGUGAUUUAAAAUUUGGCGACUAUUUUGCUCUAAAAUGGAUUAAUUUUGCAAAAGUGAUUAGCUUCGAAGCAUUUUCCGUAUCCAAUGAUGAUUGAAAUCUUAUGAAAGUGCAAACAUUUCACAUUCCUGUACAUGUACGUAUAGUUCCAGUGAUAUUCGAGUUAAUAUCGACGAUUCGAGAUGUCAUCGAGAGUUCUCAAGAAACUGGGACUUCACAAAGAAUCAGAUAUACCCGCUUUGGAAGGAACGACGAGUGAUCAGGAAUCAGAAGUGUCGGAAAAAUACGUCAACAAAGAAAAACACAACAAAUAUAAUUUGUUGAACGCAGACUUACAAUCUGAAUCCGAUGUGAAAGAAGACGACGAUCACGAAACUCCCGAAUCGUUGAAUAAUUCCGAAGACAUUAUUCGAGAAAUCAAAGAUACAAAACGUAAAAAGAAGAAGAGAAAAAAGAAAUCUCACAAGCAGUACAAUAAUACUAAAAGCAGCGAAGAUGUCGAAGAUGAAUUUGAACGGUCGAUUCGCGAAGUUAACGAAUUAUUCGGCCAUCCGAGUGAUACAGUAGUUGAGAAUAUUACCGGCGGUGUUGAGAAUUGCCAAAUCGAAGAAAUACCCGUUCUCAACAUUCAGCAACGUUAUUUGAAUCCGAAUAACGAAUUGAAGCGUAUGUUCGGUUCAAAAGUUGUGAAUAUUACGAAUGAUUUCAAGAAAAAAAGUAGAGGUAGAUCGAUCAAAGCGAGUGUCAUUGUUUUACCUAAAGAUACUUGGAUGCCGAUCACAAAACAAGGUGUUUCGAUGAAAUUGGUAGAAAAAAAGAAUAACUGUACGUAUUUCACAUUCGAACACAGUCACAGUUACCAAAACAUACAAAAAGAAUUUUUAUCCGCUGUUUCUUCAUCCACACCUGACGAUAUAGUUCGAAUAAUUAACGAUUAUCCGUAUCACGUGGACGCUUUGAUCCAACUAUCGGAAUUAUGUAAGGUCGGCGAAGACCACGCGAUCGCAGCUGAACUCAUCGAACGUGCUAUUUACGCGAUGGAAUCAGCUUUUCAUCCUUCAUUUAGCGUAUGUCGAGGCGACUGUAGAUUAAAUUUUUUACGACAAGAGAACCGAUCUUUUUAUGUAGCUGUACUGAAGCAUAUUCAGUUCGUAGGACAAAGAGCUUGUUAUCGUACAGCUCUAGAGCUGAGUAAAAUGUUAUUAUCCCUGAAUCCUGUCGAAGAUCCUCUAGCUAUUGUUCUAAGUAUCGAUUAUUACGCUCUAAGAGCCAAAGAAUUUAAAUGGUUGAUUGAUUUCACCGAUACGUGGAAUUCAACUCGUCAUUUAGUCAAGUUGCCGAAUUUCAAGUAUUCGGUGGCGUUAGCCCAUUGGUCUUUGAAUAAUUUCGAAGAAGCCGAUAAAUGUUUGAAAGAAGCUAUCGCACUGUUUCCUAGUUUACUCGUACCUUUGGUUGCUAAAUGUAGCAUGCAGUUGGACUCGUCCAUAUCUUCGCAUACAUUUUUCACCGUUUUCGCCGAAGCAACCGAAACUAAGCCUUUGAAAUGUCUCACCUCGUUGUACGUGGAACGUUGUUAUCACGUUUGGAAAGACAGCGCUAUUUUACCGUGGUUAGAGAAAAAUAUAAAACAGGUGCUAGAGAUGGUAGAAAGUCAAGAUGCAGAAAUCAGUAAUUGUCAAGCUAAACGUAUGAACUGGUUUAAGCCUACAUUACCAGUGAACAUCAAGAGGCAUCUCAUGAUAUACGAUCUAACUGAUAUUUUACUUUUAGCCGGAGAGGGUUUACCAAACGUUACAUUACAUUUUGAUCCAUAUCCGCCCACGAACUCGGUUAAUUUGUAUUCUGUGCCUCGGCGAGCAGUAGCUGGCACAUCGAGACGAAACGGUAUACUCGCUUCAUUUUUCCAAGCCCUAAAUCCAAAUAUGCAUUACGAAGGCCCGGACGAGAACGAAUUGGACGACUUGGCUGAAGAAAUAGGCGAAGUGAAUCAAGAAUUGAGACGUAGUCUGAGAAGCAUUGUGAAUUCGAUACGAGACUUAUUAACUAGCUUCGAUAGCGAUGGCAAUAGAAGAAGCAAUUCUACCGGCGAAACGUCCAGAGAAACCGAAGCAAAUCUGGAAGGAGACGCCGAAGAUUCGGAAACAUCCGACGCGGAUGAUAAUAAUUUUUGAUGAAUAUUCGAUCGUUAGCGCAGAUUUCGCGUGGUUGUAAGAAUUUUAUAAUCGUAAUUUAGUUAAUAAAAUAUUGGGUACUUUUGAAAAA